AUAUACGAAUUUACCAAUGAAUUUGUCCAUAAAAUACACUCGUUGGCUUCUGACAAUUGUGGGCAUUUGGCCAGUGAUAAAAAAGGACUCAACAUCAAAAGACAAAAUUCUCGCUUUUUUCAUCAAGCUGAUGUGGUUCUGUAUACUAUCUUUCGGUAUAAUACCGGGAAUGUAUUUCAUGUUUUUUCGAAAAGCGACAACUGCUCAGGAUAGAAUGGCUGUUGUCGGUCCUAUUGGUUUUUGGACAAUGGUGUCAAUGAAAUAUAGCCUCAUGGUUUACCGCCAGCAAGCGAUAAAAAAGUGCAUCGAACAUAUUGAGACCGACUGGUUGCGAAUUAAAGACGAAAGGGAAUACGACGUUGUCUUCAAGAAUUUUCUAAUCAGUCGAAAGCUCACUCUUAUAUGCGCAUGGUUCAUAUAUUCCGGUGGAUUGGGCUUUCACACAGUUGUACCAUUUGUCCUGGGUAAUGCUUACACCACAAAAAGACCAGAUCGCCCCCUUGUCUUUCCCGGUUAUGAAGAUGCUUUCGAUGUUCAUGCGACACCAAUCUAUCAUUUGGUAUUUUUUUCACAUUGCGCUGGUGCUUUUGUCAUUUACACUGUUACCAUUAUUGGCUGCAAUCUUGCAGCAAGCUUUGUUACUCAUGCUUGCAGUCAGCUUCAAAUUGUCAUGAUGAAGCUCAACGGGUUAGUGGUAGAUAAUUAUAAGGAAGACACUCAAUCACUGCAGGACAAGUUGAAAUCUAUCGUGUGGAAUCACGUGAGAGUUCAGAGAUAUGCUGGAGACAUUGAAAAUGUUUUGCGGGGCAUAUGUUUAGUGGAGAUCUUCACGUCUAUUAUCGUUAUUUGUUAUGUGGAAUGGUCCCUUCUGAAGACUUGGAAUGAGAGUGAAACCGUAGGAAUAAUCGUUUUCAUCAUACUCCUCAUUUCUCUGACCUUCAAUAUAUUCGUAUUUUGUCAUAUUGGUGAACUGCUGAAGGAACAGGUAGUGAAAAAAAUAUUUUUCGAUAUAUUUCGAACGAUAAUUCAAUAUUCUCAGUGGAGCGAUGCAGGAGAGGCAGCUUAUUUAGUCGAAUGGUAUCGUUUAUCACCGAAAAUAGCUACAGCAAUGGUUCUCAUUAUAGCGACUGCACAAGUGCCGAAAAAAAUAACUGCCGGUGGAGUAAUGGAGUUGACAUACGCCAGUUUUACAUCGGUGAUGAAGUCUUCGGUAGUAUAUUUGAAUAUCCUGAGGCAAAUGAACCUAUGAUGCUUGAACAUAUUAGAGAACUAACACACGGACAUAUGUUUUGAAAUUAACAGCAUAGAAUAAGAAAUUAAUAGCAAUAUUCUAGGUUCCAGAUGAUACUAGUUUAGCAAUGAAGCAUUUAAAAAGAAGGAACGACUG